AUGGUUAAGUGCACCAAGAAGGUCAGAAUCAUCAGUAAAUAUGGGACCUGUUAUGAUGCCUUCCUCAGAAAAAUGGUGAAGAUUGAAAUAAGCCAGCAUGCCAACUACACUUGCAUCUUCUGGGGCAAAACCAAGAUGAAACGAUGAGCUGUGGGGAAGCACUGUAGUUCCUGCAAGAAAACCAUAGCUGGUGGUACCUGGACCUACAACACCACUUCUGCUGUCAUGGUCAUUGGAAGAAUGAAGAAGUUGAAAGACCAGUAG